UCCUUUCCUUUUCUUUUCACUGAAAAACAAAAAAGAGAGAAACAGAAGCAAACAUAAAUCCAAACUCUCUUUUCGUUCGUUCCCGCAUUGUUCCGCGAAACCGCUGCUUCGCCAUUUUCUGCCGUAAAGCUUAAGGCAAAUCCUUCCACCUUUUCCCUUCCGCUGAAUGAGAAUUUCUGGUUCUCGAAUCCAUCGCCUGCGAUAGGGUUGGCGAAGCCUGAAUCUGAAGCUUCGCGGACAUGGCUAUGCUCCGCAAAUUGUUCUUCCGCAAGCCUCCUGAUGGCCUCCUCGAGAUCUGCGAGCGAGUUUACGUUUUUGAUUGUUGCUUCACCACGGAUGCUUGGAAUGAAGAGAAUUACAAAGUGUACAUGGAUGGGAUAGUUCGUCAGCUUAGGGAGAACUUGCCUGAUGCUUCGAUUCUGAUUUUCAAUUUCCGCGAGGAAAAUAUGAAGAGUCAGAUGGCAAAUAUAAUGUCUGAGUACGACAUUACUAUCAUGGACUACCCUCGCCACUACGAGGGUUGUCCCGUGCUCAAAAUGGAGCUCAUCCACCAUUUUUUGAGGUCUGGUGAAAGCUGGCUUUCGCUUGGCCAGCAGAAUGUGUUGUUGAUGCAUUGUGAACGUGGCGGAUGGCCCGUUUUGGCUUUCAUGUUGUCUGCAUUGUUGAUUUAUAGGAAGGUUUAUACUGGGGAGCAGAGGACUUUGGAUAUGGUUUACAGGCAGGCUCCGCACGAGCUUUUGCAUUUGUUGACGCCCUUGAAUCCAGUCCCUUCGCAACUGAGGUAUCUGCUGUAUGUUUCCAGGAGGAAUGUCGCUAUAGAUUGGCCACCCCUGGACAGGUCACUCAUGUUGGACUGCGUCAUUCUUAGAUGCUUCCCAAACUUUGAUGGGGAGGGUGGUUGUCAUCCUCUGUUUAGAAUUUAUGGACAGGAUCCCUUUAGUGCUGAUAAAAAUCCAAAAAUGUUGUACUCAACGCCAAAGAGAAGCAAAAAUGUCCGGGCCUACAAGCAGGGAGAGUGUGAACUUAUUAAAAUCGAUAUCAAUUGCCAUAUUCAAGGAGACGUUGUCAUUGAAGGCAUUAACUUGAAUGGUGACAUGGAGCAUGAAAUGAUGAUGUUUCGAGUUAUGUUCAACACAGCUUUUGUUAGAUCUAAUAUUUUAAUGCUUAACCGGGAUGAAAUUGACAUUUUAUGGGAUGCUAAAGAUCACUUUCCAAAAGAUUUUAGAGCUGAGAUCCUUUUCUCAGAGAUGGAUGCUGCUGCAGCAGUUAUUGCGGAUAGUACCUCAUGCUUUGAGGAGAAGGAAGGACUGCCAAUGGAAGCAUUUGCCAAGGUUCAAGAGAUCUUUAGCCAUGUAGACUGGAUGGACCCCAAGGCAGAUGUUGCACUAAAUGUGCUCCAACAGAUAAGUGCUUCAGCUAUGAAUGACAGAUUGGAAACAAUUUCUGAUCAGUAUGCAGAAACUAGCCCUUUAUUGCAUGAAACAAGUCCUAGAACGCCUCAGGGAUAUUUGAAUGAAGAGAGACAGUGUUUAUCCUCAACUAAGAGAUCCUCAGAUAAUGAUAUGAGUAGAAAAGAGGAUAAGACCAACAAGGUCGAAGGCAUGCCACAACAAGGUCAAGGAUAUCAAGAGACAACCAAAUCUUUUGAAAGAACCUUGCAAUCUAAUAAAUGUCCAACAGGACCUACAAAUCUUGGCAUAAAACUGCAUGCACCACAUCCUGCCUUGUCUAGUUCUGUUGAUACUUCUUUUUCCCCUCGAACACCUCCCUUGGGGCCUCGAUCCAUUGGUGCUAAAGAAGUUCAUGAUUCUCCUCUGCAAACGGAAUCACCCCCCUUGCAAUCAAAACACCAAUCACAAGACAGAAGUCAUUCACCUAAUUCUAUCCAUACACCUGGGACCCAAUCCUCAUCCACUAUUCAUAGUAAGUCACCAGCUGACGCCAUUUCCUAUCCUUCAGCUUCAGCAUCUACUUCAACUCAUCCAUCUCCUUCACUUUCUUCCAAAAAUGUGAAUGAGAUUCCUCCUAUUAGAACAAGAUUAGAGUCUUCCCCUUCACGACCUCCAACUCCACCACCUCCUCCUACCCCUCCACUAAAGGAUCAUAGACUAGUUCAAGCUAAACCUCCUCCACCUCCUCCCCCUCCAAAAACAGAACAACUUGUUAAAGUUGGACCACUUCCUUCUCCUCUAUCUCCUAUGAACGUGGAGCCACAGGUUAGAGAUGGACCCUCUCCGCCCCCUCCCCCUCCUCUAAAAGAGGAGCAACCUGUUAGAUUUAAGCCUCCUCCACCUCCACCACCUCCUUGUCUCUCUGGGAAAGUUGCAGGUUCUACUAUAGUACCACCACCACCACCACCACCUCCACUUUCCUAUGAUCACACUAAUUUUUCAUUGCAAAAGUCUCCAGCUGCUCCUACAAUACCUGCUGCUCCACCUCCUCCUGGGGCACCUGCUCCUCCACCUCCUCCUGGGGCACCAGUUCCUCCCCCUCCUCCUGGGACACCUGCUCCUCCCCCUCCUCCUGGGGCACCUGCUCCUCCCCCCCCUCCUGGGGCACCUGCUCCUCCCCCUCCUCCUGGGGCUCCUGCUCCUCCACCUCCUCCUGGGGCACCUGCUCCUCCACCUCCUCCUGGGGCACCUGUUAAAGGAGGUCCUUUUCCAUGGUCUCUUCCUGGGAGUGGUGAUGAAAAUGUGUCAAGCACAACGGGACCUUCACCAACUAGCUCAAAGGGACGAUUUCUAUCACGUACGGUUACCUCAAAGAAUAACGCCAAAAAGUUGAAGCCAUUGCAUUGGUUGAAAUUAUCAAGAGCAGUGCAAGGAAGUUUGUGGGCUGAGACACAGAAAUCUGGCGAAGCUUCCAAGGCCCCAGAUAUUGAUAUGUCAGAGCUUGAGCAUCUCUUCUCAGCAGCAGCCCCAAGUUCAGGUGCUGCCAAAAAGUCAAAUGCCCAAAGCUCAUCCGGGCCUAAAUCUGAUAAAGUGCAACUGAUUGAGCAUAGGCGAGCAUAUAAUUGUGAAAUCAUGCUUUCAAAAGUGAAAGUGCCAUUACAUGAUUUAGUGAGCUCAGUGCUAGAACUGGAAGAAUCAGCACUGGACACUGAUCAGGUUGAGAACCUCAUAAAGUUUUGUCCUACAAAAGAGGAGAUGGAAUUACUCAAGGGUUAUAAUGGGGAAAAGGAGAAGUUAGGGAGAUGCGAACAGUUCUUGAUGGAAUUGAUGAAAGUACCACGAGUGGAAUCCAAGCUCAGAGUUUUUUCGUUCAAGAUUCAAUUUCACUCUCAGGUUUCUGACCUUAGAAAUAGCCUGACUGUUGUGAAUGCUGCUGCAGAAGAGAUCAAGAAUUCUGUCAAAUUAAAGAGAAUUAUGCAAACAAUACUUUCUUUAGGAAAUGCUUUGAACCAAGGAACUGCCAGGGGUUCUGCUAUUGGAUUCAGAUUGGAUAGCCUUCUUAAACUCACUGAGACACGUGCACGGGACAGGAAGAUGACUCUCAUGCAUUAUCUUUGUAAGGUGCUAGUUGACAAACUACCGGAAGUUUUAGACUUCUCCAAGGAUCUUGCUAACCUAGAGCCAGCAGCAAAGAUCCAAUUAAAGUUUUUGGCUGAGGAGAUGCAAGCUUUAAACAAAGGAUUAGAAAAAGUGGUACAGGAACUAUCAACCUCUGAAAAUGAUGGGCCUAUAUCAGAAAGUUUCCGCAAGCUUUAGCAGACAUUUUCAGCGCCACAACACACACCAACCAAGACCAGACUCCAGAGCAGAACCAAAACCCAUAACCCAGUUAAAAAACAGAGAGCCUCCUUGACCUUCACCGGCAACAAGAUGAAGAGGAAGAAGGACCUUGAAACCCUCUUGGAACAAGAGGGAGCACAAGUACCCAACAGGGUUCCGAACAAGAAGAAGGAACAACAGAACAAACAGCAUGGACAGAAGGUGGUGCAGCUUGAAACAGGAAAAAGAAGCACUAAGAACUAAGAGAAGGCAGCGUCAACCAGUCACCAGCGAGUUGUUUUGGAGAGUGCUAGUGUGUUUGGAAGACAAUAGGACUCGCACACACGGUGAGAAAGAAGGUUUCGGGCACACAAAAGGAGGUUAGCUUGGGGCUUCAUAUGUGAGACAGUUUAUUGGGCUUUUUUGGGGGAAAAGGGGGUUUAAACUCAACUCGCAAAGAUCGCAUGAUCUUUCCAUUUUUACGAGUAAGAUCGAUGAUCCUACCCGAUCCAACCAAACGGGUUUCAUCAUAUAAUUGGGAUCUCAGAGGCAGUGAAAAAUUGUAAGAUCGUGUGACCUUAUGAUCAAGAUAGCAAUUCAUGCUUUGUCUGUGAUUGGUCCAAUGUCAGAGUUUGCGAGUUCUGACUUUAGGAGAACAGCAGAAAGAUAGAAAAUAAAUUGAAAGAUUUCCUGUGUUCUGCUGAAGCUGAAGUUCGUUCAUUGGCUUCACUAUAUUCUAGCGUGGGUAGGAACGUGGAUGCAUUAAUUCUCUAUUUUGGUGAAGAUCCAU